CACGCUCACGUGACUGCAGUGAGGCUCGUGGGUGGCUCAGGAUUGGUGUGACAGAGGUUCGGGAGGCGGGCUUAGUGCUAUUCUGGAAAUCAUCUUGCGUAGCGCAUCUGUAUCGGCAAGAACACAUCGCUGUGAUGAGCGGGCCCAGCUAAAUUCAGUUAUUUAUCCUCACACGGUUGCGGUUUUUCUUUGUGCUCGCCCUGCCUGCUCAAGAUGCUCAGGACUUAACUAUUAGCCUCCAUAUAUAACCCAUCAAAAAGCAAGCCAAGAGUCCAAAGCCUUUACUGGAUCAGGCGACAGCAUGGCACAGGUUGAGGAGCCUCAAACUGAAGGAGAGGGAAGCCCCCAGAUGAUCUCCUUAAGAUCAGACAUAUCAGGGAACCACGUAGACGAUGGAGAAGUGGGACCCUCCAUAAGGAGGAAGAGGAGGAAGAAGAAAGACCCCCGACCCGAGUCCAUUAUCGUUUACCGCUCUGAUAUGGAGAGGGCGCCUGGAGAGGACCAAGGUGGCGAGGAGGGAGCAGAGAGGAGCACGGAGGAGGGGGCUAAAUUCCUCUGCACACCUACAGGCGAAGGAGGAGGUUGGAGCCUUCCUCCAGACAGCCGCUACGUGACCCUCACUGGCACCAUCACCCGAGGGAAGAAGAAGGGUCAGGUAGUUGACAUUCACCUGACCAUGACAGAGAAGGAACUCAGGGAUCUGGCUAAAUCAAGGGAACGUCUUGAUGCAGAGUGCGAGGGCGGAGAAGGCUCGAAACGCACCUGCAGCUUAGGUGUGUGUCAGGGGCCACAUGUUGUCCUCUGGAGCGUCUCAUGCGCCCCCUUGGUUUUCCUCCUCUCCUUCAUCACCUCCUUCUACUAUGGCACUCUUACCUGGUACAACGUCUUCCUGGUAUAUAAUGAAGAGCGGACGUUCUGGCACAAGAUCACAAUAUGCCCAUUCCUGAUCAUCUUCUACCCUAUGCUCAUCAUGCCCAUGGCAGUGUCUCUGGCUCUGUACUCAGCCGUGGUUCAGGUGUCCUGGGCCUUCAGCGAGUGGUGGAUGUCCGUCAGAGACCUGGAGAAAGGCUUCUGCGGCUGGGCUUGUGGGAAGCUGGGACUGGAGGACUGUUCCCCCUACAGCAUAGUUGAACUGCUUGACUCUGACACCGUUUCUGGCACUCUGCAGAGCAAGGCACCAAGCGAACACGCCCAGACAUCAUCCGUGUGAAGGUCCAAGGGUCUUCUUGAUGUAGGCCGAAAUCAAAGUGAUAUGACUGGAAAGUAUAUUUAAGCUAUUUCACGAUGUAAACACUGCCUAAAUUGUGCUAAAAUGCAACUACUUCAAAUUUUAUAGAACAUUAUUGAGUCCAGGUCUCUAUAAAUGAUGAUGAGCAUGA